AUGAGCGACGACAAGCCCACGGUCAAGAAUGCCGGCAAGAUCGCUGCCGACAUGACACAGAAGUCGUCAACUGAGGCGAAGGACGACCCAGAAAAGCACGCCGAGCAGUCUCUCAGUUACGAUCCGGCCGUUGAAAGAAAACUGAGGUUAAAGAUUGACCUCAUGAUCGUCCCCACCGUCGCCCUGCUGUACCUCUUCUGCUUCAUCGACCGGGCCAACAUCGGCAAUGCCCGUAUCGCCGGUCUCGAGAAGGAUCUCGGCAUGAAGGGUCUUGACUACAAUGCCACCCUGAGCAUAUUCUACAUCAGCUACAUCCUCUUUGAAAUCCCUCUCAACAUCCUGUGCAAGCUGAUGGGGCCCGGCUGGUUCCUGCCUCUGACCACCUUGCUGUUCGGCAUCUGUUCCAUCGGCACCGCCUUUGUGCAUACCGUCCCGCAGCUCAUGGGCGUCCGUUUCCUCCUGGGCAUCUUUGAAGCCGCCAUGCUGCCCGGUAUCGCAUACUACCUAUCCCGCUGGUACCGCCGCGCCGAGCUCGCUUUUCGCCUCAGCUUAUACAUCGUCAUGGCGCCUUUGGCCGGUGUCUUUGGCGGCCUCCUCGCCUCCGCGAUCCUCCGUAUCGACCACUUUGGUAGCUUGCACUCCUGGCGCAUGAUAUUCGCCAUUGAAGGCAUCAUAACCAUCUGCAUCGCCCUCGUGGGCUUCUUCACCCUCACCGACCGUCCUGCCACGGCCCGCUGGCUCACGCAGGCCGAGAAAGACCUCGCCGAGGCCCGUGUCCGCUCCGAACGCGUCGGCCAGAGCCACGUCCUCGAUAAGAUGGACACGCGCAAGCUCCUCCGCGGUAUUCUCUGCCCAGUCACGCUGUCAACUGCGUUCGUUUUCCUCCUCGACAACAUCACUGUGCAGGGCCUCGCCUUUUUUCUGCCCACGAUCGUCAAGGGCAUCUACCCGAUGUCGUCCGUUGAGCGCCAGCAGCUCUUCACCGUCCCGCCGUACAUCACGGGCGCCGUCUUCACGGUGCUUAUACCGUUUCUGAGUUGGCGUAUCGACCGGCGGCAAAUCUUUUUCAUCAUGUCGGCGCCCAUGGCCAUGGUGGGCUACAUCAUGUUCCUCGCCUCCAAGGACCUCUCGGUGCGCUACGCCGCGACCUUCCUCAUCGCGUCAUCCGUUUUCGCCCUGGGCGCUCUCACCAACGCGCAGGUCUCGGCCAACGUCGUGUCCGACACGGCGCGCAGCUCGGCGAUCGGGACGAACGUCAUGUUUGGCAACAUUGGCGGGCUGAUCUCGACGUGGUCCUUCUUGCCGUGGGACGGCCCGGACUACCCGAUCGGCAAUGGGCUGAACCUGGCGACGUGCAGCAUCGUCCUGCUGACCUCGACGCUGGCCCUCAUCUGGAUGAAGCGGGACAACCGCAGGCGGGAGGGACUAAAUAUCCAAGAGGAGCUGAGCGGUCUGUCUCAGGAAGAAGAGAGCGAAUUGGACUGGAAGCACCCUUCGUUCAGGUGGAAGGCGUAA